AGUCGGCGGAUCCAGUGUGCGUCCGGGGAGUCCUCCCUGCCUGCGCGCAAAAUCCCUCCCGCGAGCUCCUUCCUGCACGCGCGCGGGAAUCCGCUCCUCCCAGCUCGCCCGCGCCGUCCUCGACGGUCCUCCGCUGCCUGCGCCGUCGUCGUCGAGGUCCUCUGCAAUCCGCGCCGUCCGCCUCGCCGGCCCGACGUCUCCGCGCACCGCCCUGACGCCGCCGCCGGCCUCCUCCGCGCCGCCCCGACGCCUCCUCGCUGGCGUUGGAGUUGCUUUGGACAUCCUUUUCAGGCUGUGGACUGGCCGGCCUCCUGUUCCGGGUGCUCUUCUCCUUCUCGUCCUCCUCGCUGGCAUCGAAUACAACAGACGGCCAUUGUCUCAUUCCAGGAUCACGGAGCCUUCAGAGCACGAUGGAAAUGAUCAAAUCUGCUCUUACCAAUGAAUUAAUUAGCCGAUUCAUCUCCUCUCUUAUGAACAUGUACAUGGACCAUCCAUGCUCAAAAGAGAAGCAAAUGGAGAGAUUGCAACUGCUCUUGCUAAGAGUUCACACAGUUGUCGAGGAAGCAGAUGGCAGAUACAUCACCAACUCUGGUAUGCUCUUACAACUUAAGAUGCUUGUGGAGACAAUGUACAGUGGUUAUGAUGCACUAGACUCUGUCAAGUGUCACCAAUUGAUCAAUGAGGUAUUCGAUGAGCAGGCCAGUGGCUCAUUGCCCUUCUAUAUUUCCACUCCCCUGAAGCGCCUUCGUACUCUUACUUGUAAGUCAAAACACAGAACUGCUCACUCUGAUCUGAAAGGUGCCUUGCAAAAUCUUGACAACGUUGUUUCUAGCAUUACUGAGUUUGUUGUGCUUCUGGGAGGAUGUGAACGCAUGAGUUGCAGACCCUAUGACACAUACCUUUAUGUUGACAACUUUAUGUUUAGCCGACAUACUGAGAAGCAACAAGUCAUAAACUUCUUGUUGCAGCACAACCCUCUGGGUGCACCAACUGUACUUCCAAUCAUAGGUGACUACCUAGUUGGGAAGAAAACACUGGUAGCACACGCAUACAAAGAUGAGAAAGUUCACAACCUCUUUUCUAAAGUUUUGCACUUGAACGGAGACACCUUCAGGACAAUAGACCAUGAAGGAUAUCCAUCUGCAAGGACCUUGGUUGUUAUUACACUUGUAUCAGAUAUUGAUGAUGAGGACUGGAACAGAUUUUACAAAGCAGUGACAUGCAUAAACAAAGAAAACAAGGUGAUAAUCUUAAGCACAACCGAAAGCUUAUUAAGAUUUGGUACCACGAAGCCAAUAUACCUUAACAGUUUGUCACCCGAGGAAUAUAGCUACCUUUUUAAGACAUUAGCAUUUGGCAGUGCAAAUCCAGAGGAUCAUCCAAAACUGACAAUAGUGGCAAGAGAAUUUGCCACAAUGUUGAGAGGAUCAUUCGUGGGAGCAUACUCAGUGACCAAUUUGUUGAGGAAGAAUAUUAACCUCCAAUUUUGGCUUUCCAUGCUGAGGGUAUACGAGAAUAUUGCGGAAACCAACUUCUUAACAUUUGGUGAGGAUCUGGUUGCGCGCAUAAAAAGACGCUGUCCAGUGCAUUUUAAAAUCUUACCUUGUUCCACCAAUUCUUCUGUCCUCCUCCUGCCUGCUCGUAGUCAAGCUGAGAUUUUGCAAAGGCAACUACCAAAGGUGCGGAUUGGAUAUCUUGUUAUGAAUCCGGCUGUCCGGCCAAAGGGUGACUUUGAUUUAGUGACAUGGGAAUCACGGAUUGCGCCGUAUAGGGAGUUUGUUUAUUUUGUUCCAUCCUAUACUGAAGAAAACAGUAAAGGAACCACAAGGAAGCGAGGGGCCACUACUCAAUUGUAAAGUUCCUCUUCUCGGGUAUUCCUUAAAACAAGGUUGUAUUUUGUCCAUGAAAAAAAAUAAUGUCUCCUUUGGAACGCAGGAAUUUUAUAAGAAUUACAUAUGAACUUCAAGAUUCAGUUCGGACUAGAAAGGCGCGGCUUUGCCGAAUAAUUAUUGUAUAUGUAGGUGUCAUUGUCUGCAGCAUGUUGUUGCACUUAGUAUAUAUUUUAGACUCUGUUGUGGUGACGCUACUAUUUGAGUAAUUAUUAUUUUUGGUAUGGAAAUGGAAUUAUCUUUCUUUGUUA